GACGUCACCAGGAUCUAACCGACACAUGUUUCUCCUGCUCGAGCAAGUUGCAACGCGAAAGCCAUGGGGGACUCGCCUUCACCACCAGGACAGUCAAAAUAUCAAUAUGAUUCUUUUGAUUUGGAGCAAUCCAGUGUUUCCCCUUCACCAACUCUUACGAUACCUCAGGGACGCGAUGGUGAACGCAGUCUUUUGAUGAGUGAGGUCAUAAGGCUAUACAAGGAAAGGUAUCGCCUGGCUCGCAUGCACAGGAAAGCAGAACUCCGUGUUGCUGUGAGCCUGAAACGAAGGAGGCAGAGUGAAGAUGGUGAAGAAGAUGGUGAUGAUGACGAUGAUGAUGGGGGACACACAGAUUGGGCAGCAGAGGCAAACAAAGCCAGGUCUGCUUUACUGGAAGCUGACCAAGCAGCUUCGGCGCAGGAACUCCAAUACCGGCUGCUACUGGAAGAAUCCAAAGCUAAAGCUGAACAAGGUGCUGCUCAGGCAUACCAGGCACUCGACAUGCUGAUUGAGCAACAAAGAAAUCUGGUAAAGAGGAGUUUCUCAGCAUUACCUCCAGAGAAGAAUCAGAAAGAGAUCGUUGAAAACCUGUUACAGAAGCAGCUUCAAGUACAAGAACAGUUGCAACAAGCAAGGGCAGCAUACUUCAGCUUAGCCAUAAAAAAGCAACAGCUAGAGGAAGAUCUACAAAGAAAGCAAGAUGCCAUUGAUGACCAGGUUAGCAUUGCAGAAAUGCUGCGACUAGUGGUGGAAACUGAAUCCUUCACUGAGGAAACAGGAGUUCAGGAAAGUUCUAUACUAGCACACAGAGCAGCCUUGAAGAAAACUGAAGCACUGAUAGUUAGACACCAGCAACAACAACAAGAGUUAUCAAGUCAGGUCAAGGAAGCUGAGGAAAUUGUUUCUCAGUUUCAACAGCAGUUACAGCAGAAAAAGGAAGAGCGAAAGGCACUAUCAGAAAAGCAAGCAGCAUCGCAGCGAAAGAAGUCCGUGAACCUUAAGCCUGCAACUCGUCUCAUCCUGGAACCUAUCUUGGCAAGAGACCUUCAAACAAAGUUGUCCUUGAAAGUAACUCUGGAAGAUGAACUGCAGCGUCUAAAAACAUCAUGCAGUAGAAACAAGAAACACUGAAGGGUUGGUAUUUUCUUAUGCAGUUUUGCCACCAUUUACAUUUAAGUUUUUCAAAAAUGGUCAGUAAAAGUGCUACAUAAAUUUCAGAAUAAAAGAAAGUUCUUGAAAUAUAUCAUAUAAAUGAAUCAAGACCAUAACUAAAUUCUGCUUGAAAAUAGUUUCUGUUUACAUAAAUAUUUGAAAAAAUGUCUGUGGACUGAGAGACUAAUGCAAAAUGGCUCAUUAUUUUUCCAGACAUUGUUCAAGUAUUUCUAUAACAGCAACUACUUUCAGACAGAAUUUAUUCAAAACCUAACCUACUAAAGUAACAAAAGUAAAGUCAGUUUAUAACUUAAAACAUAUUAUACUGAACUGACAAGAUUUCACAAAAGCAUUACAGGUGAUUUUUGCUAUACAAUAGGGAUAGGUUUUUGAGUAAUAUUAUUAUGCAAUCAAUCACAUAACAAACAUAUAAAAUGGUUUAGUGGAGAUACGUUCCUAACCACUCAAAGAUAACAUUAGCAAAAGCAAACAUGACUUCCAUAACAAAUGCAAAAUAUUUAAAUAUAAAUUACAUAAAAAGACAAGAGCAAUGCAUGGCAUAAUUCGAUUGAUAACAUUUAAGAACUGGAGCAGUAAAAUUUGAGAUAAAAUAUUUAUUAUAAGAUUGCUUGGUAAAGACAU